CUCUUUUCCUAAGAGAGGUUUGAGUCCACUGAUUUUUUGAAAAUUCAUCCCAAAGUCCAGUCCCCUCCUAAAUGGAAAGGUGUUGUCGGUUGUGUGGAUCAUUGCCAUCACCCGCGUGUACAACUGUAAAGACGCUGCUAUUAAAAUUACUCCAAUCUCUCACAAAAAUCAGUGAUCUACAUUAUUCACUGCUAUAAAUUCUGCCCCUCUCCGCAAUUAUCUCCUUUAACUACAAAUCUUGAAAAAAAUCUUGUAUUUUCUCUAUUUAGUCCAAACCCAGAUCUACUCUCUCUUUUUAGGUUGAAAUCUUGGAUUAUAAUAAUGUCGACAGAUGUGCAUUCUAAUGGAAAUGUCCCAAAUUCAAAGGCAUUCAAGAUUUUCAUAGGCUAUGAUCCUCGUGAAGAUGUUGCUUAUGAGGUGUGUCGUUAUUCCCUUCUGAAAAGAUCUUCAAUCCCACUUGAAAUCAUACCCAUUAAACAAUCGGAGUUAAGGGAAAAAGGGUUAUACUGGCGUGAAAGGGGGAAAUUAGAAAGCACUGAGUUUUCCUUUUCUCGUUUCUUGACACCCCAUUUGGCUAAUUUUGAAGGGUGGGCUAUGUUUGUUGAUUGUGAUUUCUUGUAUUUAGGGGAUAUUAAAGAAUUGAGGGAUAUGGUUGAUGAUAAAUAUGCUUUAAUGUGUGUACAACAUGAUUAUGCUCCAAAAGAGACUACAAAAAUGGAUGGGGCAGUCCAAACUGUUUAUCCUAGGAAGAAUUGGUCAUCAAUGGUUCUUUACAAUUGUGGACAUCCAAAGAAUAGGGUGUUGACACCUGAGAUAGUGAAUACUGAAUCUGGGGCAUUUCUUCAUAGGUUUACCUGGUUGGAAGAUGACGAGAUUGGGGAAGUUCCGUUCGUUUGGAACUUCCUCGUAGGGCAUAAUAAGGUUGUCGAGGGUGAUCCAGCUACAUUUCCUAAGUCAAUUCAUUAUACACUUGGUGGACCUUGGUUUGAGGCUUGGAAGGAUUGUGAAUUUGGUGAUUUGUGGAUAAAGGAGCUCGAGGAGUACAAGAAGGCGAUAGAGAAGAAGGUGGAUUAGGCCAAUGUAGCCUUAUGGUAGUGUUUGAUUCCCACAGUUUUUUUAGUUAAAGGUUAUUGAUUCGUUACAAUGCAUCUUCAGGGCUAUGCUUCCUUGAUUUAGUCUUCCAUAUUGUUUUGAUCUGUAUUGCGAGAUGUAACCGAUUCAUUCCAAAUCAAAUAGUUAGUAAGCAGUUUUAUAUCGUUGUAUUGUAAUCAUAAUAGAUUCAUUAAAGAAAAAACAUGAUCAUCUCGAUCUUUUAUAUCAA